AUCUUGGAGUACAUUACCCGACGCUUGUCGAUCGAACGUGAAAAGAAAAACAACCGACCCCCUUCAACUUCAUUCCCGUUAACUUCUUAAUACGGACUUAGCACGUCAUUAAAACAAGAAGCAAUUUAUAUUUCAUUUGGACGACGCAGGACACUCGCCACAUCCGUUCGUUGAGACCAACUUAUCCUUGACCAAGGACGCUGCAUCUUCUCUUCUUCUCCACGACAGCGCUGUUGAAUACCGACUCGUCAAAUUUUAAAAUCUUCUGGAAGGUAUACGCGUUCGGCUUGUCCAGAACAUUCAAAUCCUUUCAUUUCUAUCUCCCGGACUGGUCCAUUACAUCAAUGAACCUUAUUUAGCAGAUCUUGAUCAAGACCCUGAGAAUUAAUUUAUUCAUCGAUCAAUAGCUACAGGAACAAGCUUUACAAAUUCUUCCGAUUUCUCCAACAUCGUCAUUGAGCAAGCAGGACUAGGAUUCCACUAGACUUACCAACUACUCUGUCUUCGAUAGGCCUUAUGUUCUUUUCUGGUCAGUGAUCAGCCAUUGUCUAUAGCGGCCCUUACACUCGUUCAUUUCACGGCUACUUUUCACUGCGACAACACGAUACACAUAUUCUUUUCUCGAACCAAGGGCUCUUGAAGAACCCCAAAAGCAACUUCUGGACCAUUUUCAACGGUCACUUAAACGAUACUUUCAAUGCUUGUUACACGGCAAUGCGAUACGGGACGGAACACUUGGUCCUCUAGUAAACUUGGGUCUGCUAACUUCGCGUCUCCACGAAUGGCGAACUUUGAAGCUUUGCCGCCGCAGCCGGACUGGCGAGAACAAUACUCUUCAUACCAAAUCUCCGGAGAGAAUGGUGUGGUCAACCAAAGUUACGAGCACUCUGCGAGCUCAAACGCCACCAACGGUCAACAACAAGCCAUCGCCAGACCAACUUUAGAGCACCGACACACACUUGGUCCACUGAGACCAGAAGGUCCGCCAACCCCUACCAUAGAACGGCCAGACUCAGCACCUGGAGAUUGUGGUCAACCUGUCGCCAAUAGAGCUCGAAAUGGAUCUAUGGUUUCCACAGAAUCGGCGCCACUUUCAAUUGUUUCGAUAGCAACAAAUCAACUAUCUGCAUCGAGCGCACCACAACAACAACCGCAAGGAGCAGGAGCACUUGUGAAUGAAGACGCUGGAGCUCUUUUGAGUCCCAAGGAGGAAGAUGAUGACGAUGUUGAUGACGACGAUGAUAUGUUAGAUACUGAAGAUGGAACUUCUUCUACGCCACAGACCGCCGCAGAACGAAGGGCAGAACGGAGAAAAAUGAAAAGAUUUCGGUAUGCUGGCCUUGCCACUCACUGUGUGUUGUGACUUCGAAACUAAUCAUCAUCCAGUCUUACUCACCAGCAGACCCGAUUCCUUAUGAGCGAAUUCGCGAAGCAAGCGCACCCAGAUGCUGCUCACCGCGAGCGAUUGUCACGAGAAAUUCCGGGCCUCAGUCCCAGACAAGUCCAGGUAUGGUUUCAGAACCGGUAUGUGUACGCAAUCUGGUUUGAAUGAGGACAUGAAUUAAUGGAAGCAGACGCGCAAAGAUUAAGAGACUCACUGCGGACGAUCGGGAACGAAUGAUGAAGAUGAGAGCAGUACCGGACGAUUUCGACAAUGUACAAGCUCUUCAUUCUCCUUACGGAGCUGUGCACGGCAUUGGAACACCAAUGCAGUCGCCCGUCGAUUAUGUGCCAAAUUACGCGGAUCAUAUGAUACGACCCUUGAUGGUAGACACGAUGCGCAGACAUGAACAUGAUGAGCACAUGUCGCCUGCGGGCAUGAGUCCUGCAUAUGGACACGUCGGAUUUACUCCAGGGGGCUCAAUUGGCACACCAGACGUUCUAUCGCCAUUAUCGAUUACGUCCUCUGAUCGAUAUUUCUCCAGUCAUCUGUCGAGUCCAAUGAGCUCAGGGCCAAGGAGCUCGAACCCGUUUGAUCGACAACCAGGUGGUUAUCAAGCAGUUUCGCAUUCCCAGCCAAGACACCACAGUGGUCGACCAUUACAACCAUUACAGCUUCGAGAGACAAUGUCAAGAUCUCGAUCAGAAUCACUUCAAUCGCCAUUGAGAUCCAGCAUGUCUUGGAAAGGCGAGACUUUAGAUUAUGCCAAUUAUCAGACCGGACAACCAAGUCCGCAAUCGACUGGACGGCAACAAUCUAUGUACCAGCCCGAGCAGAAUAAUGCGGUCAAUGCGCACCAAUUUGAGUCGAAUUCUUACCCAAGUUCGUUCCAUUCAUGCCGAUUAAAAGAAAUUGUAGACUAACGGUGUUGAUAGGUUCUAACAUUCAGCAUUCACCGCAACACAUGAACUACUCACCGUCGCAUCCCCCGUCUUCGCUGCAACAGUCCACACCAGCUGCUAUGUCACGCCUGCGAGCAUCUACCGGCGGUGCUUUUCCCCAAGGUCUUGACCUCCGCAAUCAAUACCGAUCUCUCCCCCAACAAGGCGCAGCACAUUUGCCUCCCACUUCCCGCCCAUUCGCCUCCCCAUAUUCAACAGGCUUUGCCAGCGCACCUCUAACAGCACCAAUGGAGUUUUCACUUCCUCGAACUCCAAGCGACGCAAACCAUCCACAAUUAAGUGCGCCAAUGGCUCCGCCGCAAGAUUUCUCAAACGCCUACAACGCAUCGAGAGCUCCUCAAAACGAGCGAGAGUUCAGCUCGCAAAGUCAAGAGCAGCAGCAUGGCCAGAACCACGCACAGUCUGGAGAACCACAAGCGCAGAGAAACAACAGCGAUGGCUCAUCGUAUCUUCGACCUCAUGAAUUCGAAGGAAAGGACAACCGGAAAAGAAGUUUCACCAUGCCGGGAACUUAUGCAUCUUCUCAUAUGUCUUCCUAAAGAGAUAGCUUCGCAUUCGCUUUCACUUUUUAAUAUCUGUGCGCACACAAAAGUUUUUGCUUAAAGAUAUAUGUGUUUAACGGCAUUGCAAUUUGAAGAAAGACCAGAGCAUAGAAUUCAUCCUUCUAUUCUAACCAGACAAGAAGCUCCUCACCACACCUUACGAACCGAUCUCUCCCUCAUAAGAAUUUCACUCUCCAACCUCGAAUCUCCAAAUCCAUCACAGCUUCUUACUAUAUACGUGUGAAUCGACAUACUCAGACAGAUAUAUAUUUAUACAUACUUUCUAUACAUACUUCUUACACCUCGGUUCCCGCAGGGUCAGACGAGAACCCAACAUAACAUCACUUUCUACCAUUCUACUUUUCGACUUUUCGAAGACCCUUUAACCUUUUGCUUUAGCCCUUCUCUGUAUUUUCUUGGAGAUACUAUCCGGACUUGUUUUUAUAUCUAGGGCUUUUCUGACUUUUUAUCUAUCUAUCUAUCUAUCUAUCCAUCCAUUCAUCAUCCACCCAUUCAUAUUCUCGGAGUAUUUUCAUAGUUUAUCACAUCAAUUGCAAAUUUCUUUCCUCCUCUCCUCCUAAGAGGAAAAGAACAACAGGUUGCGUGCGGGUUUUGGGAAAUUUAGGGACAGGAUUCGGGAGGACAUAGCGCGGACUUAUUUUUUUUUCUCUCCCCUUCUUCCUUUUCUUCUGAGGUUCGGAGGUUCUUCGUUUCUUCUCUGUGUAUAAUUUGAUUUUAUGGUUUUUUUGUUCCGGGAUUCUUUAGGGGUACCUAGCUGGGUUUCGGUUUUAUCGGAUUUUUUGAUUGAAACUUCUUGUGUUUAUGUUUUUCUUCUUCUUUCUUCCUCCUUAUUCUUCUUUUUUCUUCUUCUUCUGGUCCUUUGCCUUUUUUUCGCUGCGGGGGGUUUUUGAGUAUGAGUUUGGGGUUCUUUUUUGAUAACGGGUUCACCACUGGAGAGAAAGAGCUGAGCAUUGAUUGAUUGGUCUUUUGGGUUUGGUGAGGAGAUACGAGGAGAUGAUGGGAUGGGAGCGGAUUCAUAAGGAUUGAUGUUUAGGCGGAAGCUGGAAUUCUGAGGAAAGGCAGGAAUGCAAUGGAGGGGAAUGAGAGGAGAAAAUCACCUUGUAGAUAUUUGGGUCGUGGGAUGGCAAUAUCAUUGUGUGGAAGUUG